AUGUCAUUCCUAUCAGGUCUAUUUGGUGGAUCCUCCGAACCCAUCGAAAAAGAACCAUCAGCUUCAGCCGAACUAUUCAAUUCUACCACAUUCCGAUCUAAUGUCCAACCCUCCUCUUCUUCGUCCUCCUCAUCCUCGUCAUCAUCUUCUUCGAUACCCCAACCACCGACUGACCAACCCGCGUUACCCACACAGACUGCUCCCACAGCUUUAGAUGCCUUUGGAACUGCCUUUGACCCAGCGAGAUUACAUCCUUUAGCUGGAUUAAGUGAGAAUCUGGAACUGUUACAACUUGAUGAAGAUAAAUUGAAUGAUAUCGAGGGUUCCGCUUCGGUCUUACCUUCUAGAGGAUGGACGGAUGAUCUUUGUGUUGGAACGGGUACGACGUAUCUUUCAGGAUUACUCAUCGGUGGAAUGUGGGGUGCAAAGGAAGGUCUAAGUAGACCAUUGGGUAACAACCCUUCGAUGAAAUUACGAAUCAACAGUAUUUUGAACGGUUGUACGAGAAGAGGUAGUUUCACUGGUAACUCAUUAGGUGUCCUGGCUAUCUUCUACAAUCUCGCCAACUCCUCUUUGGACAGUCUAAGGGGUAGACAUGAUACCUAUAACGUAUUGGGUGCAGCUGCCUUAAGUGGAGCUAUCUUCAAGUCUACUGCCGGAGUCAGACCAGCUCUUGUAGGUGCCAGUAUCAUGACUGCCGCUGCUGGUGCAUGGUCAGCAUUCAAAAACACCGUCUAA